AUGAGAGUGCUGUGUGCUAUUCUCUUCAUCGCCGUGGCAGCUUGCAGCGCAGCACCUGGUGCGACGGAUGACGAUGGCAGGAUAGAGAUUUUCACCGGCGUGGCGAUAGAACGGGAUGCGAAAGGGGAGGAGAAAUUGAACGUUAAGUUUGAGCCUGGAGAGCUACGUGAAGCUGCUAGAACUUUUGAAGAAGGCGAG